GCAUAACUAUUUCGUUGCAAACGUUUUCGGUAGUGCAGCUUCCGUCGCAACGGUUCGUAGAUUUUUAGAAGAUGCGGUCCAUUAUAGUGCUCACGUUAUGCCUGGCGACUAUGUCCAGUGUACGGUCGGAAGGUAAAACCAGCAACGGCAAUGCGGGGUCGGCGCAGCCCAAUAUGGAGAUACCUCUACAGGCAGCGGCCAGCAGCCAUUCCAAACAGCUGAGAUCUGGAGGGUACAGCAUGCAGAAUUACGGUUCCCUGCAGAAUUAUGGCGGAAAUUCUGACAGCUACGGUGGAAAUGGAGGUUACGAAUCAUCCCCUCUCGCUUACGGAUUUAAUUGUUAUGGACGAGCACCGGCGCUGUAUGGUGAUGGGAAUUACGAUUGCCGCAUCUUCCAUGUGUGCCAAGCUGAUGGACGCCAAGACACCUUGUACUGUCCGAAAAAGACCCGUUUCAAUAAUUACCUCGGCGUGUGCGAUUGGGAAGACAAGAUUGACCGCACUUGCAUGCCCUUAUACAAAGAGGAGUACAGUUACAACGGAAACAGUUAUGGAUCGCAGAACUACGAACAAGGCGGAUAUGGUGAGCAACAAGGAUACAGCGGCCGUCGCAGCGACUACGGUGGAUCGCGAAGCCAGUAUCGACGCCGACGAUAAACGGUUUUUUAUGUUUUUUACUUUCAAAUGCAACAACACGCUGGGCUUUUCGACGAACAUUAUUUAAAUCGUCGCAAACCGUUUUACACACAAACCCUUUCAUAUUUGCUCAAUCAGGUAACGAGUGUUCGACAUGUUUUGCUGUGAAAAAGCAUUUUAUACAGAUAAAAAAUCCCCGAAAGUCAACAA